AUGGCUGCUGUACAGUCUAGCAAACCAUGGGACCUCUCUCAUGUCUUCGAGCUGAUCAACACACUUUCUCCGACCAAUGCGAAAGACGUACCGUCACGUCCGUCAAUCACCAAGCAUGACAGUAUGAAUGCCUCUUCCUCACUGCCACUUGCCUCGCCAUUACAGAGCUUCCAUGCUGUCGACGAGGGUGUAUCAUUGGGAGAUUUUGGCAAGAUAUGGCAAUACCUGGGCACUCCUGUCAAUUCACCUGCACCCAAGCCUGCUGAUGCCUCGCCGACUCUUCAACAGCGCAUGCCUGAGAAGGCCGAUUAUGCCAGUGACGGCGCUGCAUAUGGUACUCCCAGCAAGCGUAUCGCCAAGGGCGGCAUCAAGUGGAGAGAUGAAGUCAAUCUCGGCGAUCUCACCGAUUAUGCGCCAUUGGAGGACGAAGACGAAAGCGAAAAGAAGUUGACUAAGAAGCAACGACAGAAGAAGAACAAGAAAGAGAGGGAACAAAGGUUGGCCGCUGGUGCUGCAAAGUAUACUAGCGAUGCCGACGAGCCUGAGCUCGAUUCUCUCUCUUUCUACGACACGCCAGCGAGAAAGGCUAGCGCCCAUAUCGUCUCCGCCGAACUCGUUGGCAAAGCUCACCGUCCUUCAAGUCCCGAGAAGACACCAAUCUCGAAACCUGUGUUCAAAGACACUACCAAUCCAACGAAAGCUCCUCAACCCGAGAAGAAAUCAUCCCCGCCGCCUCAAUCGGAGCCUCUGCACUUCGACUCGCUUCCCAAAACGCCAGAGUCCAAGCACCAGAAAGAAUUCAAGAAGCGAUGGCCAGUUUCGACUCCAUUUGCUACCAAGACUUCCUCCCCUCUGCUUCCUGCAUCUGUACAACCGACACGUACGACGUCAACACCCUAUAAAUCUACCGACGCCAAUGCGAACCCCUUCCACAAGGUUCAGCAGGUCAGCGAAACUCCCAUCAAGAACAACCGUUCGGCAAUUCAGCCCAAAACUGUUCGUUCUGGCGAGGAUCGCAACUGGGCCCUACUUCUGAAGAUCAUUGGUGACUUCUAUGAGGACCGAGCAAGUCUCGUUAGUCCCGCAAACUCAAUCACACACUCGAAUGACCCUAAGGGCAUUCACGUCUUUGUUGACGCCUCAAACAUUUUUAUUGGUUUCCACGACCAGCUCAAGCGUGCAAGAAACAUUCCGCCGAACGUUCAUGUCCCUAAGGUGGACCUAUCCUUCGACGCAUUGGCUCUGCUCAUGGAGCGUCGCAGACCUGUCGCUAAACGAUGCCUGGUUGGCUCAAAGCCUCACAUGGCCGCAUUCGAUGUGGCCCAACGUGUCGGCUAUGAGUGCAACAUCCUGGAUAAGGUGCUCAAAGCGCGAGAGCUCACCGAGCGCCAGAAAUAUUUCCAGGAACAGGAGAAGAAGUGGCGCAGACGUAGCGGUAGCUACAAGAACGGCACUAGCACUGGAGGAGACAGCGCCGGCAGUGGCUCAGAAACGAGCAACACCGGUCCUGUCUAUGCUCCCGAGAGGUAUAUCGAGCAAGGUGUCGACGAGAUUAUCCACCUGAAAAUGAUGGAAUCCAUUGUUGACACCGAGACUCCCUCUACUAUGGUGCUGGCCACUGGUGAUGCUGCCCAAGCCGAGUAUUCUGAAGGCUUCCUCAAGAUGGCCGAACGUGCCUUGAAGAAGGGAUGGAAGGUCGAGCUUGUUAGCUGGAGCAAGAACAUCAGUCUAGCUUACAAGAAGGCAGCUUGGCAGAAGAAGUGGGAUGGUCGCUUCAGAAUCAUUGAACUGGACACCUAUGCGGAGGAACUGCUCGACAUGUGA